ACCCCAAUUGGCCUCCCAUCGGCGCUGACUUAAUCCUUCCUCCCCCCCCCCCCCGCAACCCGACUUCACACACACAUUUGACCCCAUUAAACCCGCGCCGCGCCGUUGGGAUAUCGCAAUGUCACAACCGGGAUCCGACGAGGAAGGGAAGAGAAAGCGGGACAAAGUGGGAGAGUUCCUUAAGAAGAAUUACAACAAAGGUGAACUCGCCUUGAAGCAUGCCGUCGGCUUGGGUCAGACCCCCAACGUCGUCCCCGUCACACAGCCCGUCAUCAAUGGCCCCUCACGUGUCGUCGAGGUCGGCUGGCACCCCGUCGGAGGCCUCGCCGGCAAAUGGUUCGCCGAAGAAACAGGUCUAGGAAAGAUGAUCACAGAAAAGAUCAACAAGUAUCCCGAUCCCACUCAGCACUGGGCCGUUCUCGUCGGCGACUACGCCCACCAGCUGUGGAUGGAUGAGAGCUUUCACGUCAUCUACACCAAUGAGCGAUACAAGCGAGAAGAAUGGCGCACCUUCACCGUCGGCGAGACCACCUUCAACGACGACGCCAUCCGUCGCGCAGGCGAAUACGUCAUCCAGAGCAUCAGAUCACGGCAGCCAGCCUACAACCUCAUCACCAACAACUGCCAAACCUACGUCCUGGAGCUCCUCGACGCCGUCAAAGUCGACGGCCACAAGGACUUUGGCACCACGCUCGCCGUGUACGAAAGACUCUUCAGCUCCGGCAAGGUCAUCGACCUCUUCUCAGACGAGCAGAAGCAAGAGCAGCAGAACCAGCUACCGAUGCUCGAGGCCCCACCACAAAGCUACGCUCUACCGCCGUCACCUGCGUCACCGCCUCCCGGUGGACCGCCAAUGUCGUAUACGUUGCCGCCACCGCCCGGACAGAACCCGUAUCCGCCGCAGUAUCAGUACGGACUGCCUCCGCUACCGCCGCCCCCGGGUCCGCCGCCUCCGGGCCAUCCAGGCCCUCCACCACCGCCGCCGCCACCACCGCGUCCGCCUGCGGGCCCGCCGCCGGGUCCUCACCCUGGAACUGUCUCGCAUGCUCAACAGGUCAUGAACGACAAUACCACGCAGCUCGAUACCCAAGAAGAGGCCAGCAAGUCGAGGGGCCUCAAGAAGGAAAAGGACAAGGAUAAGGAGCCGAAGAAGAGUUUCUUCUCUCGGUUUACUCGGAAAUGAACAGAGUCGCUAGGGCGUUGUGCUUGUUUUGCCAUUUUUCCUUUCAUUUUCUCCAAAUCAUACCCUUUCACGGCCUUUUCUUAAUGAAGUCCAGAAGACCCGGAAACGAUACACAUAAGAAGCAUUAGGGGCGAGCGGCGUUCUGAGAACAGAUGCAGGCCCAAAGACAGCAUUGAUCAUUACUUAACAUGAUGUUCUCUCGUCGUUGAUUC